GAGUGUCCGGGUCGGAAUCUGUGUAUUGGGAGCGUCGCAAAUUGGAAACGCCAACCAAUGGAUGGCAUGAGUAGUUACCACAAACGCAGUUCCGGUUUAAACCCUUGUAAAAACUCCAGUUUCUCACAUUCAUCAAGAGCCAUGGCUCCAGGAAAUUACCGUUACCCAGAAGUGAAAGCUCCGUUACGGAGACAAGUUCAUGCGCCUUCGCGGACCCUCAAGAGCGGUCGAGAUCGUAGCACACGGCAAGGUUCUGGUAAUGUGUUGGGAACUUUUCUCACAAGGAACGAUGACAUGUGGAAAAGAAAUGCACUUGAUUUGUCUUUACGCUAUAGAACGGAUAGAGAAGUAAUUGAUGUUGACGAUGAGCUUGGAGAUGUGGAAAUGAUAUCUGAUGAUACAAGUAGGGAGGGUCUCGAAAACGUGGCUAUGGAGGUGGACGAGGUGGAAGAGAAAGCAGAUAUGGGAAAUGGAUUGUUUUCUGAGGUUGUUAGUAUGAAAAUUGGGAGCUUGAGGGUGGAUGAAUGUUCUCAAGCUAAUAGUAGUUCACUCGUUGUGAAUCGCCCUGUGACCGAUGUCACGAGUUUUGAAGCAUACAGAAAGGUUCUCCAGAGUGCUGAGAACCGGACUUCGAAACUGAAAGACAGAGGCUUUGGUGAUAUUUUGAAAGAAAGAGGUCGUGCUUUACUGCGAAGCCUGUUUUCUUUUUCUUUUUGGAAACAAGAUAAAGAACCAGUAGAGGAUGUACAACGUGAGGCAUUUCUAACUCUUUCUAGAGAGGAGGAGACAGCAGUCAACCGUGCAUUCUCCGCUAAUGACUCGAACAUCUUGGUUGCACAUAAGAAUUCAAAUAUUGAAAUUACAGGGAAAAUCCUAAGGUGCCUUAAACCAGGUGAAUGGUUGAACGAUGAGGUCAUUAAUCUAUAUCUGGUAUUGCUGAAAGAAAGGGAAGCUAGAGAACCAAAGAAGUUUCUUAAAUGCCAUUUUUUCAAUACAUUUUUCUUCACUAAGUUAUUUAAUUCGGGGACUGGAUACAACUACAGCGCAGUCAGAAGAUGGACAUCAAUGAAGAGGUUGGGCUAUCAUCUCAAAGACUGUGACAAGAUAUUUAUCCCUAUCCAUAUGAACAUCCACUGGACUUUGGCUGUAAUUAAUAUAAAGGACCGGAAAUUCCAGUAUCUUGACUCAUUCAAAGGAAGGGAGCCUAAAAUUCUCGAUGCACUGGCUAGAUACUUUGUCGAUGAAGUGAGGGACAAGAGUGAAGUAGACCUUGAUGUAAGUCGAUGGGGACAAGAAUUUGUCCAGGACCUUCCGAUGCAGAGAAAUGGAUUCGAUUGUGGAAUGUUUAUGGUGAAAUACAUCGACUUCUACAGCAGAGGUCUGGAUCUUUGUUUCACUCAGGAACAAAUGCCAUAUUUCCGGGAUAGGACAGCGAAGGAGAUUCUGCAACUGAAAGCCGAGUGAUGUCAGCAAAAUAAGGAAACUCUUAGAGAAUAGUUUUGAAAGGUCUUCUUCUGUAUGUAGAUAGUGUUGAGAAAGUUAGAUGCACUUACGUGUUUGAUAUUUUGAUGUACAUAUAAAAGGGUAACAGUGUG